AUGGCGUCCGAAAUCCCCAAAGGUCGCGGCAAUAUGACUGCCCCUACUCCGCAGAACACUCCUGCCAACAAUGCCCCAAUCUCAUCUCACGCUCAGGCUCCCAAUGUGGGAAGCAUUGCUGAAGAGGACCUUGAUCGCGCUGCCGCCGCCUCUCUGUUCGCGCAAAAUCCUGCUCUAGUGUCCAUGAUGCAGUCAAAACUCAGCUCACUUGUUGGGCGGUCAUCUGGCUACGUUGAAUCUCUGCCCGCUCCCGUCCGCCGUCGGGUCACCGGUCUCAAGGGCAUACAGAAAGACCACUCAAAACUCGAAGCCGAAUUCCAAGAGGAGGUUCUCCAACUCGAGAAGAAAUACUUUGCCAAGUUCACCCCGCUGUAUGAGAAGCGCGCCAAAAUCAUCAACGGCGACACGGAGCCCACCGAUGCUGAGAUCGAAGCCGGUAAGGAUGAGGAGAAGGAAGAAGCUGAGGCCGACAAGGCAGACGACAAGGACGACAGCGAGCCCGCCGAGCCCACGAAGGGUAUUCCUGAAUUCUGGCUAUCUGCCAUGAAGAACCAGGUCUCACUUGCUGAGCUCAUCACCGACCGCGACGAGGAAGCCCUCCGCCACCUGACUGAUGUUCGUAUGGAGUACCUCGAUCGGCCUGGUUUCCGACUGAUCUUCGAUUUUGCCGCCAAUGACUUCUUCACCAACAAGACCAUCACCAAGACUUAUUAUUACCGGGAAGAGAACGGCUAUGGUGGCGAUUUCAUCUACGAUCACGCUGAUGGUGAUAAGAUCGACUGGAAGGCUGGCAAGGACCUGACGGUUCGUGUUGAGAGCAAGAAGCAGCGCAACAAGAACACCAAGCAAACUCGCGUCGUGAAGAAGACGGUGCCCACUGAGUCCUUCUUCAACUUCUUCAGCCCUCCCACGGCGCCUGACGAUGAUGACGAGGAGGAUGUCGAGCCUGAUAUUGAGGAGCGCCUCGAGCUCGACUACCAGCUGGGUGAGGACAUCAAGGAGAAGCUUAUUCCCCGAGCUAUCGACUGGUUCACAGGCGAAGCUCUCCAGUUCGAGGAGUAUGAGGAAGGCUCUGAUGACAUGUAUGCCGAUGAUGACGAUGAUGACGACGAGGAUGAGGAGGAAGCUGAUUCUGACGAUGACGAGGAGGAGGAAGGUGGCCAACCUCGUUCGCAGCAGAACUCAUCCGAGUGCAAGAACCAGUAG